GUUGAACCGCGCAACCGAGUUGAAUUCUUGACUAUGUUCUCUUCAUCUUGGUUUUUAAAAGGGGCUAGUAUACCAUCCAUGACUGUUAAAUUUAAGUAUAAUAUCACGGUGCGGUUGGAAUUUCUGGAUAUAAUUUAUAAUUGGUGCUAUUGGAGAGACUUUGCGACCAGCUUCUAUACAGAGCUAACGACUGCUGCUAUAGAUUCAUUUUAUGGCCUGUUUCUGGUAUUUAGUUGUCUAAGUUUCACAGAGAACCUCUGGACCCUUGAUAGAAAUAUACAAUCUUUACUUGUCUCUCUGCCCAGACCUUUUACACUAACUGUGUAUACAGUAUGCGAUUAUCUUCUUACCACAGUCAAGUACUGGCAUGUAUGGGCCCAGGAUGCUUUCUACCUGGAAUUUGUGAAUCAAGAUGGUGAUAAUCUGUACUGGGGGACCGCAUUCUUUCGCGAAUGGUAG